AUGAAGGGCGUCAAGAGCGAGGUCCCCGACGCGCACUUCACUGUAGAUAAACAGAAUGUCUCCCUGUGGCCCCGAGGCAAGGACCUGCUCAAAGCCCGCUCGGAGCCUGGCGCCCAACCCGCUGUUUGCUGGUCCUUCAACAAAUGUUCUCCUUUCCUUUCCGCAGAGCCUCCUCCCAAGACAGGUCGGUCUCUGGUUCUGGGGAGAUGCCUCACCGUCGGCGCUGCGGUCGUCUUCCUGACGCUGGUCCUGCUCGCCUCGGUCCUGCUGCAGGCCAUUCUCUGUAAGUCCUCGGCUUUGAUCCGGGCUCAGCCCUUCUCCACGGAAGCCAAUGCACGGAUCCAGACACUAACAAGUAGUUGGGAAGCAGUUGAUAAGUUAAAUGCCCAAAUCCCAGGGUUACAAAGAGAUCUGGACAAAGCCAGCGCUUUAAAUGCAAAGGUCCAGGGGCUCCAGAGCAGUUUGGAGAACAUCAGCAAGUUGCUCAAACAGCAAAAUGACAUUCUACAGGCAGCUUCUCAAGGCUGGAAGUACUUCAGGGGGAACUUCUAUUACUUUUCUCGAAUUUCAAAGACCUGGUACAGUGCCGAGCAGUUCUGUAUGUCCAGGAAUUCACACUUGACCUCAGUGACCUCAGAGAGUGAACAGGAGUUUCUCUACAAGAUGGCAGGCGGACUUUUAUACUGGAUCGGCCUGACCAAAGCAGGAAGUGAGGGGGACUGGUACUGGGUGGAUGAUACCCCAUUCAACAAGGUCCAGAGUGCGAGGUUCUGGAUUCCGGGUGAGCCCAACAACACUGGGAACAACGAACAUUGUGCCAAUAUAAAGCAGUCCUCACUUCGGUCGUGGAAUGAUGCCUCCUGUGACAAUACGAUUCUCUUCAUCUGUAAACGACCCUAUAUCCCAUCAGAGCCAUGACAGGACUGGCCCCUAAGCUUGCAUUUUGAGCUACAAUGUUUGUUGAAUGCGAGGAAAUAGCACUCUCUCAUCUACACUCCAGGGUGACUUUGACUCUGAAUUUUUCUUGCUUUAAAAUUGUCCUAAAGGCAGCCUGGAGCCCAUCUGCCUUGGCUGGGAAUUCUCUGAGCUGAAAUGGAAAGAAGAUCUUGGGUUAAAAUAGGAGGUGAAGGUGGAGAGGAUUAUGCAUUCAAACUACCCCAGUGAGGUGAAUCAGGACCCGCAAGCUGGGGCAGCACCUGGGGGUCCCAUCCCUUCAGAGAAGCCUCAGUUUCAUUGCGUGAAAGUUGCUUCCGACCACCCAAGCAAUUCUCCUGAGACUGAGACUCAGGGCUUUUCUGGUUGACCCCCACAAUUCCCAGUUGCCUGCUUAGGCGGCUGUGUUCUCAGUGGGAAGAGCUCUGUUCUUGGUGACCCUGUUCAUGCCAUGUCCCAGUGGCCCCUUCAUCCCUGUCCUCUGAGAUCGGAGCCCCUUCCUCUCUAGGAUGGGCUCCACUGGUCCAGAUCAGGGGCUGCCAUGGAAACGUGUCUCCUUAGAGCUAGAUCAGCAUCCAUGUGACUUCUCCCUCCUCCCUCACUAAACUCUGGGGCCCGUCUGUCUGCCCAGCCCCUCUGCCUCACCUCCUUACCCCUCCACUUUCUAAUGCAUUUCCUCUCUUCCCAGGGCACAGGGGAAGUGGUCUUCAGUAAAGAGGGCAUCUCCAAGCUUCAUUUGAAUAAAAUCUGCCUGGGAAAAGGCCAGUCUCUUCUGUUGUUUUGUCCCUGGAGGUACAGGUGACUGUUGAGGGGAGGACAUAAGCUUUGCCUGACAUGAAGUUCUGGAGUGUCCUCAGGAAACGGGAGUUCAAAAAGAACAAAGGGUAGGAAAGCUGUAGCCCUAGAAAUGCGGUAACAUAUGAGCAGAACUUACCUCUGGUUUUGACUGAAAUGCAGCAGAGCGCGGCGCCAGUGUCUGCAGCAUCACCACCCUGUUGGCGGUCUCUCCUCACAGAUGUUCACGGACCAUCUUCUGUUCUCGGG